AUGAGCCCCCGCGUGGUCCUCCUCUUCCUCUUCCUCGCCGCCGCCCUCCGCCCCUGCGCCGCCCUCGUCCGCCUUCACUCCGCCACUUUUUCUUUCACUUUCCUCGACGCCCCAGCGCGAUUUGGGCCCCGAGUGGGCGGCGAUGGGAUCUGCGGCUCGCUGCGCGCCGCUGAGCCGGCCGAGGCGUGUGAGCCCAUCAAAGACCGCGGCGGCCGCCGCGGCACGGGCCGGAAGGCUUUCGUGCUGAUCGCGAGGGGCAACUGCAGCUUUGAGGAGAAGGUGCGGGCGGCGCAGCAAGCGGGGUUCGACGCCGCCGUCGUGUACGACGAUGAGGAGAAAGCCAGCCUCUACUCCAUGGUUGGUGAAUCUGAGGGCAUACACAUACCUGCGAUAUUCGUUUCCAAGAUGGCUGGCGAAACACUAAAGAAGUUUGCCAGGGGUGAAGAUGAUGAGUGCUGUAUUAACUCAUCGAUGGAUGAGACUGCAGGGACAGUGUUGGUAAUGUCAUUCGUAUCACUUGUUGUCAUCAUAUCAGUUCUUGCUUCUUUUCUGUUUGCUCGAAACUGCCGACUUCUACGCCAUGGAGUUGAUAAUCACCCAACUUACGUCAAGAAACAUGUGGUGGAAAAGCUUCCUUGCUCAGCAUACAAUGCUCCCUGUUCUAGUGAAGAUAAUUUUCAGGAAGCUUGUGCAAUUUGCUUAGAAGACUACAAUAAUGGUGAUAUGCUUAGACAUCUCCCAUGCAAACAUGGUCCAAUAUUCAUUUUAACCGUUGAUCUUGAGAAUGAAGUACAGAUCACAGUUCCUCAGGAAAGAUGGGGGUGGGGUUUCGUCCUCCGAGAUGAUCAAGGGCGUGUGGUGAGCCCAGGGGCAGGGCGAGAGAAUUUCCUCGAUGCUUUCCAAGCCGAGUUGUUGGGAUGCCUUUCAGGUCUACAGCAGGCCGUGAAGCUGGGGAUCACACAUAUUACUCUUGAAGUUGAUGCGACUCUGGUGAGAGAAGCAAUUGAAACCGAUUAUUACAGGUUGGCUUUCAUAGGAGUUAUCACCGAGAUCAAACAUAUUAUUACCAGUGCUUUCUUUUUGCAAGCGAGAUAG